AUGUCUAAUUGGAUGAAUCUGUGGUAUGUCUGGUUAAUCUUGCUGACUGUGUUCCUGCUCCUUCUCUGUGGCAUCACAGCAACCUGCAUAAAAUUCUGCUGCCGAAAGAAGAGGCCUCCAGUUGAGACCUUCUCGAGGCUCCCUUAUGAUCUGACAGUUACUGCUAUUGACAGUGACAGCACUGCCCAUAGCACCGUGACCUCAUAUAGCUCGUUGCAGUACCCUCUAAGUGCCCCUCUUCAUUCGAUAUUUGUGGAUAUGGACAAGAACACUGUGUCCCCUCCAGCUUACAGUCCCUAUGCAAUGGAGUUGCCACCUUCUUAUGACGAAGCUGUCCAAAUGGGUAAACAAUACAUUGAAGUAGCACGGAUAAGACAGAAAUUCAAUGACAUCCCUGGACAGGGGACACCAGCUGGUCUGGAUCCCAUCCACCAUUCGUCUGACACAACCGACAGAGACCCAGCAACACAGGCAAAUUCAGAAAAUCCAGAAGAUGCAACAAAAGAAUAG